CCCCAUCCCCCUCUCGCCCCUCUUCCCGCCGUAUACCAGCUGCUCUGACGGGUCACCCCGCUCUCUCCCUCUCUCUCCUGCGUCUCCUUCUUUGUUCUCUCGCGCCCUUCGGCGCGCAAACGGCUCUAUCUGCGACUCUUGCUCCAUCUCCGGUCUCUGAAUCCGGCCUUCGCGCGACCCUCUCGCGCCCGCGAGCCCAUCCGCUGCAUCCACUGCGCCCCACGCCAUGUUCUAUUCCGACGUUAUCCUGUCGAAGCGCGGCGCGCUCGGCAACAUUUGGCUGGCGGCGCACUGGGAGCGGCGACUCUCCAAGGCGCAGCUGCUGCGCACCAGUGUCGAGAAGGGUGUCGAGGCGAUCAUGACGCAGCAGACCGCGCCGAUGGCCCUGCGCCUCACCGGCCAGCUGCUGCUCGGUGUCGUGCGCAUCUACUCGCGCAAGGCCAAGUACCUGCUCGACGACUGUAACGAGGCGCUCGUCAAGAUCAAGGUGGCCUUCCGCUCGGGCGCCGUCGACAUGACGUCCGACGCGCUGCACGUCCCGCGCAGUGCCAUCACGCUCGGCGCGACGCUGACAGACUUCGACAUGGGCUUCCCAGACGCGGGCCUGGAAGACUGGGACGCAGAUGGCGGCGCUGGCCGCUCUGGCACCCCGCUGCGCACUGGCUCUGCCUCAAAGCGGCGCGCGCCGGACAGCAGCGGCAACACGCACCUGGCGCGGCAGCAGGACAUCACGCUGAACCGCAUCAUCGACGACGGCGAUGCGUGGGAUGCCGCCGAGACGGGCAUUGCCUCGGGCGACUUUGAGGAUGGAGGCCUUGACCUUGGUCUCGAGCUGGACGACGAUGCGCUGGCGGCGCGGGAAGCUGGCCUGCUGCGCGGCGACGAGAUGGAGGUCGACGACAGCCUCAGCGUCGGCGUCGGUCGGGACGCCGCCGGCUCGGAUGUGGGAGGCCGCAGUGUCGGCAGCCUGUUGGGUCUCGGUGGCGAGGCGAACGACACAGGCGCCGGCCAGCGCGACAGUCUCGGUCCCAUGCCGGACUUUGAUGAUGGAGGCUUCGACUUCUUCGGCGGCGACUUCGAUGCGCCGGCAGCUCCCGCAAGCGUUGCGGAGGACACCAUCGACAUGACACCACGGACCGCCGCCAAGAUCCGCGAGGCGGCCGAGCGCCGCGCCCUGGAGGAAGCCAAGGCGCAAGGCGGCAAGGGCCGUAAGCAGAUCAUCGACGCGAACAUCCAGCUCGCCGGUGUCAGCCAACAAAACGCCUCUCCUCAGACGCUCAUCGAGGAGUCCUACCUUCCUCGCUCGCGCGCAUACCUCCGGUUGCUUACCAUGAACGGCGACCCGGCACGGCACCUGCUCGGCGACAAGGCCAACGCCUCGCUCGACAUCUUUGCCGGCCCGAUCGGCCUGGCACCUCAGCUUUCCAGCCUCUUCACCUUCGACGCAGCGGUUCUGCGGCGGCGACGUGGCCUUGAUGCCGAGGGCGAGCGCGCCGCCAAGCGCAUUCGCGGCUCCGAAGAGCUGAGCGAGAUCGGCCGGCGAGACGUGGGCGCCGAGCAGCCCGGCGGCCUGAGCGGCUUCGGCGGCCUGGACGACACCUGGGGCGAUGAGGGCCAGGACAUGAUGAUGGACCAAGAGAUGCCUGACUUUGCCCUCGGUCUCGAGGAGGACGGCCUUCGCCGCUCGACGCGCAAGUCUCGGCACGCCGACGUCGCCGCAGACGACGAGUCGGAGACCGGACGCCUUCCUGCGCUGUCUCGCCUCGCGACGCCGGAGGAUGACGACAACGAGCCCGCCGAGGACUCGCUCGUCGGCUUCUCGCCCAACUCGCAGAACCCGCUGGCUGCCUUUGAUGCGCGCCCGGCAGAUGCCGACAAGGCGCGCGCCGCCCAGUCGGGCUGGAGCAACAACUCGAUCCGCGCGCUGCGCGUCGUGCGUGCCCAGCUCGACCCGGCCAUCGCCGCCGAGCUCGACGACGACGAGCUGCCCGCCGCGGGCGCCGGCAAGACGCUCAGCUUCGAGAAGGUCGCCGCCGGUGCCUCGCGCCGCGCCGCCGCCGGCUUCUUCUUCGAGCUCCUCGUGCUCGGCACCAAGGACCUCGUCAUGCUCGAGCAGCAGCAGCCGUACGAGGACAUCCGCGUCGCUGCCAAGCCGGCGCUCUGGACGCUCCAGUCUGCCCCCACGCCUGCCGCCGCCUAGCCGCUAGGCCACGCCGUGUCCCUCCUGCUACAUUAUUGGCCGCUACGCCGUCGCCCCUGCCCACACCUGUACACCACCUUCUCGUCAUGCGCUGCGAAUGCAACCUAUCCUCCGGGCUC